GUAAUCAAUCCUUGAGGCUGAUAUAUGCUGGCUACGACUCCUUUUUAGGUAUGUAAACUUUCGAUUCCUUUUGAGGCCUUUGAACAUCUUAUAGAUAACCAUAUGUUGACUACUGACGAAGAGACAAGUCUGCUAUCCUCCUUGAAGUUUGCUCCAGAGGAUCGGUGGCUUUACCUGUUUUAUCAGUGCAGGGCAAAGAAGUAUGGCCAGGUGACAACGAUCGAACACAAAUUUGUGCAGCUUGAGAAGGAUAUUGCUGAGGAGACGGUCAUCAGCCAUGCGGAGGUGGCGGGAACAUCGUUGAGAGAUAACAGUGACUUGAUAGCCUGCAAGGCAGAUUAUCACUACCACAAAGGAGAAUAUGUGCAGGCUUAUGAAGUCACGAACAAGCUGCUUGAGAGAGACCCCUAUCAUAUACAAUGUAUGCCAGUGCACUUAGCUGCCGCUUUGGAGCUUCGGCGAAAGAAUGAGCUGUUCCUCCGAGCCCACAAGUUGGUACAGGAAUACCCUCACAAGGCUAUAUCGUGGUUUGCAGUUGGCUGUUAUUAUUACUGUAUUCGGCAGUACGAUUCUGCGCGAAGAUACUUCUGCAAGGCAACAACCUUGGAUGGUGCUUUUGCACCAGCCUGGCUAGGAUUCGGUCAUGCAUAUGCAGCACAGGAUGAGAGUGACCAGGCAAUGGCAGCGUAUCGGACCGCGGCAAGACUAUUUGAUGGUUUGAUAUGCUAUCAGUUGGUCUUAACCCUUUCAGAAUCAAGAUGUGUUACGAACUGGCCUGGGUUGAGUUCCCUGGGAUGCUUUAAUGGUCGCUUGGUUGUUUGUGCUGUUCGUGCUGUUACACAGCGAGAGAUCGAGGCACUUUACGAGCGGUUUUGCGUUCUGGAUCGCAAUGGGAAAGGGUAUAUUUCAGCUGAUGAGUUCAUGGCCGUUCCUGAGUUCGCACUGAAUCCUCUAGCCCAGCAUCUGCUCAGGUUGUUUGAAGGUGUGAACUUCAAGGACUUCGUUGCAGUCCUGUCUGCCUUCAGCCCGUCUGCGAGUGCAACCGAGAAGAUUAAGUCGCUUUGCAUUGGUAUGGAGUACCAGCGUACAAAUAAUCUGAGUUUGGCAGAGCAGUUUUUCGCAAAAGCGAGGAAUAUUUGCCCAUUAGACCCCUUGGUCUACAAUGAGUUGGGUGUGCUUGCAUUCCGAAACAAAGAUUAUGAAUCUGCGGCGAAAUGGUUAAGGAAAGCCCUGUCGCUGGUGCCUCGACCAUGGGGUGAGAACUGGGAGCCUACAGUUGUUAACCUGGCCCACACUCUACGCAAACAGAA